CUCCGCGCAGGCAAGAGCAGCCAGCCGCUUCGGGAUCGGGACGCGGAGAGGGGAAAGGCGAGUCGUCGACUCGUCGUCCGGGCAGCUUCCCUCCCUCUCCUCUCCGCCCCCGCUUACCUAGGCCGGCCCCGCCUACGCCCCCCUCCCGCCGCCGCACGAUGAGCACUUCUCCCGCCGCCGCCGACGUUUCGCCUUUGCCGCCUACUGCUGCCGCCGACGAGGCCGCGCGGGCGACAGAGACGGUGGUGGUCGAUGAGAGGGUCGCCUCACACGUGGACCCGUUCCUCGUCGAGGCGCUCGACAACCCUCGCCACCGUCUCAUGGGUGGGACUUGAUGAAGAGUACAACCGAUGGUCUCUGCUCUGGUGGCCCAUGUUGAGCAGGCCACUGUAGCUGAAGCCACAUCCUAGCUUUAUAUUUGACACCAGGAUGGAUCUACUUCAUAUAGGCCAUCAAGCCUCUGCUAAUGCUGCUGGUCGAGGGUGCAGAAACAACCGUGGCCAUGGUUGAGGCAUAGGGCAUGGUGGCUACCAAGGUCCAUUAUCAUCUUCAUUUGAUGGACGUCCACAAGCUUAGCACCACUGACAUGAUCUGUCAAGUCUGAGGCUAGGUAGGACGUAUUGCCUCCAUUGGUGGUAUUGCUACGAUGAGAGCUACACCUCCAACACGAAGACUGCAGCUGUGGCCACCUACCAGGCUAUGGUAUCGAUAUCAACUAGUACAUCUACAUGACGUCAACAGAUCAUAUUACAAGUAAUCUGGACAAGCUAGCAGUUCAGAACAAGGGGACAAAUUGGACCUCACAGCCAGCAGGGCAGGAUGCUAUUGAUGCUAUGCUCCAAGAUUUGAGUUCAGAGAUUGCAUCGAAGGACCUAAGACAACUCCAUUACUUCCUUGGAAUUGAGGCCUACUUUGACUUUGCCAGUACUUCAGAAAAGUUAAGAACUGGUGAAGGUGAACUACUAGAGUUAGAGGAUGCAACGAGCGAAGAUGAUUCUUAGUUCUACGGAUGGAACUGGAUAUACAAAACUUUAUGCAGAACCCUCAGCUGCAGGAGUUUGAAUUCCAGAACUUUCCGACUUCUUACCUCCGCUGUGCUGCUCAUCGUGUUGCACAACAUUAUGGCUUAGAGACUAUAGUAGCAGAUAGUUUAGUAGAAGGCUCAGUUAGCAGGAUUGUUGCAAGAAAAACAGCAGAAAGCAGGUAUCCUGCAAUUUUUUUAUCAGAAGUUCCUAGCAAUCAAGCAAGAAAUGAUCAUGAAACAGCUGAGAAGCUUAAGUUUGUCAUUUAUCAAAGGCCCAAAGCAUUCCAAAAUGGAAGCGCUGAUUCUAGAAACAAGAGUGGUGUACCAAAAACUGUUGAUGAGAGAAUAGAGGAAUAUAAUAAAGCACGAGCACGCAUCUUCAAUGGUUCCAUUUCUGCAGAUUCUGAUGCUGCAAGUAUUAUGGGAACUCUUUCUACUGGCAAAGAUGAACCAGUAAAUGUUGACCCUUCUGUUGAUGAAACCAAAGUCAGCACAAUGAACAGUCGUUCCAGAGUUGCUGUUUUUAAGGAUACUGAAAAGGAUCGUAGUGACCCAGACUACGAUCGAAACUACAAAAGGUAUGUUAGGAGCUCAGUGCCUGGCUUCAACUUGAGCCCAGGUGUUUUUAACUUUGUUGUGCCUCAGUUUAUGCAGUAUGACAUUGGUUAUGUGCAAUCUCCUGGCAUGUCCACAAACCAGCAUACUAUGUACUUUGGCCAGCCUGAUCUAACAAUAGGGUCUUCUGGAGCUGCUGUUUAUCGACAUUGGCCAACCCCAACAAUGAUGUAUCCCCAUUGCUAUGAUAAUGUUAGUCCAAUGAUGUCUCAGGUUCCUCUGUACCAGUCUUUCAACCAUGAUUAGGAGAUUCUGCUUGCUGGAAAGUUGGGAACAAUUCUCUGUUGAACUUGCUAUGUUGUGUUGUCCUAUGUUAAGUGGAGUUCCUUUAGAUUCGAGCCGUUUUUAUUACAAAAAAUUGUAUAAGGAGUCCUAAUUCGUUGAAACUAUUUCGUGAACUAGUCUGGAACUGUGAUGCUUGUCUAAUGUCUAGUUCUCGUUUGCAAUUUGCUCCCGGUUUAUAGUUAGUAGUGUGCUGCGACUGGUCUUGAACCGUGUCGCGUGGUCGUACUGGUAGAACCAGGUUGCUACUUGCCAGCAGUCAUUGCUUUGAUUCCGAUUUUUUAUUUAACUUCUUUUUAA